AUGGAAGCACCAUCCAGUUACGACCCUGCGCCAAUCUACGACAGCGUAGAUGUCGACAUGGUUGUCAAAGUUCUGUCGCAGACGGCUUUCAGUCCCUUCUUUACGUGUUUCAUACCCAUAUUCUACGUCUUUCAAGGUUACGAGUUCGUAGAUCCAGUUGUACUCGUUCCAUCCAUAUAUUGCGCAGCUAUUUCUGCCUUCUGGCUCUUGAAGUGGAUCUCACAGCUGUAUCGCAAUCAAGGGAACCUUUUCUUCAAGCCUAAACCCUUAGAUUGGAGUGACCAGAUUGUAGUCAUCACUGGAGGCGCUUCGGGAGUAGGUGAACUAUUAGCAAACACACUCGCUGUCCGCAAUGUCACGGUUGUCGUGCUUGAUAUCAAACCAAUUGUGACUGAAAACUACAACAUCACUUAUUACCAAUGUGACGUUUCGAAGUGGGAGGAAGUCGAGGCCGUUUCAAAGAAGAUCAUCGAGGAGGUCGGUCAACCCACCAUGCUUGUCAACAACGCUGGCGUUGUGCAAGGAAAACUCAUCAUCGAUCUCAAACCAGAGGAUGUGUACCAGACAUUUGGUGUGAACACCCUGGCUCAUUUCUGGACCUUGAAGGCGUUCUUACCAGGAAUGAUCAAAAAUAAAACUGGUCAUAUUGUAACUUUAACAUUCUUUAUCCAAUACUGCCCCUCACACAAACCUGUAGCCGAUUAUAGCGCGUCAAAGGCGGCUCUGGUGACCUUGAACGAGUCUCUCCGUUACGAGCUCGACAAAGUGUAUGAUGCACCCGGGAUUCGUACCACCAUCGUUUGUCCAGGAUACAUCUUAACCCCCCUGUUCUCUACCAUCCAACUGCCAUCCAACCCCUUCUUCCAGUUCUUCGCGCCAUCCAUUGCGCCAGUAGCAGUAGUGAAGGCGAUCAUCACUGCCCUUGACGCACAGCAGUCCCGAACUAUCUAUCUGCCGUUUUACACGAAUUCGUCACCGGUGCUUAGGAUGAUACCCAGUUACCUUAGGGAUCUUUGCCAAAAGUUCUCUGGAGCUGAUCAUUCCAUGAAGAAUUUUACGAAGGUGACAGCACGCAGGCCGGAUGAGGAAGAUCUUCCCGUUACUGGCGGUAAAGACUGA